UUGUAUAUACAUGAAUGGACAUACUGAGGGGAGAGAGAAGUGUCAGGUGACGGAGUGUAACCGAUCACCAACAAGUGAUGAAAACAAACCCGUCCUGAGUUACUCUCUUAAUUAUUCUCAAGUGACGUAGUGACACCUUAGUGAUAUGAGCACAAGUUAUAAAUACCAGACGUCUCCACUACCCUCACGUGCACAGUCACCUUCCUCUAACCUAGGGUCAACCACAGUGCCCCUGAGUUACCGCACGGGCUCUCCACUGCCAACACCAGCAGCUCACAGACACGACUGUAUGACGGCUGCGGCAAAAAGAUACAGGUACCUCCGACGGCUUCUAAAGUUCCGUCAAAUGGAUUUUGAAUUUGCAGCCUGGCAGAUGGUGUAUUUAUUCAUAUCUCCACAGAAAGUUUAUAGAAACUUUCAAUAUAGGAAACAGACCAAGGCCCAGUUUGCCCGUGAUGACCCAGCAUUUGUGGUUCUCCUGUGCUUUUGGUUGUGUGGUGAGUACUCUCUUUAUUGUUCAGUGUACCUAGCAGAUAUUCAUUGAACUAUUGAGGUCCACUUGUGCUUCUGACAGUGUAGUGAGUACUGU